UACUUUUAAAUGUCACACAAACCAAUUAACACCAAACUCGUACGGUAGCAGUGAUGUGAUGCUCAAAUGACGCACUCGCUAAAGAAGAUUAAACUCUCCAUUGUGUUUAUAAUUGGCCCGCUCUGGCGAAAAUGUCAAUACUCCUCUCAAUUCUUACAGACGAAAUCGGGGAUUGCCUUGCUCUACAAUGAGGAGACCCACAAUACCUAUGAUGUCUGCCUGAAAUUGACCAAAGAGGCUUUAACCAUUCAGAGGCUGGAUGUGGUGUGCACGCAAGGCAGCGAAUCCCAAGUCAAUCACAGAACUGUUGUACUCCGAAGACAGGCGGCUGGCGGGCUGGGCUUAAGCAUCAAAGGCGGCGCAGAACACAACGUGCCCGUGGUGAUCUCCAAGAUUUUUAAAGAUCAAGUAGCUGAUCAGACUGGCAUGCUGUUCGUUGGCGAUGCAGUUCUACAGGUCAAUGGCAUUAAUGUAGAGCACUGCACUCAUGAGGAAGUGGUCCAUCUCCUGCGAACUGCUGGAGACGAGGUCACCAUCACCGUGCGCUACCUGCGAGAAGUGCCAUCUUUCCUCAAACUGCCUCUAGGCUCUCCAGGGCCGUCCAGUGAUUACAGCAGCCGCGUCUCGUCCCCUCUUUUCGACAGUGGAGUGCAUUUGAAUGGAACAAAUGCAGUCCCCUCGCCCCCUUCGCCCUCCGCUAAUGAGCCCAAGUACGAGAAGCGCUGGCUGGACGACGUCUGCCUGCCCCUGACCAUGGCCCGGGUCUCCAGAUACAAAGCAGGCACGGACAAAUUAAGGUCCAACUGUUUUGAAGUGUUCGUGUUGGAAGGAGCCUGCACCUAUAUUCUUCAAUUUUGUACUGCAGCGGAGAGCACAGACUGGCUCCAAGCAAUAUCCACCAAUAUCAGUGAUCUGACACAGGAGAAUAUAAAGAUAAUCAACAAGUUCUGCUCUUCAGACGAUCAGGUUGUCCACAUGGGCUGGGCUUGUGAGAAUCCAGAGGGAGGCAGCUCCAGUCGGACAGCGGCGUUCAAGUUCCUGGCACUGCGGGGGCCAUACUUUUUUAUAUUCAGAACUCCACCGAUCAGUGCUGCUGACUGGGGACAAGCUGAAACCACAUACAACCUCUAUGAGGUUCUCUUCAAGGUUCACAAGUUGUGGAUGACAGAAGACUGCUGGCUGCAGGCGCGUCUGUACCUGGGCCUGGAGCAGGGCCCAGAGCAGGACCACUCCCUGUGCUUCAGUAUCCUGGUGGGGCAUGGCCAGAGCCACAGCUUCAGGGUGGAGCUGGCCUCUGACCUGGCCUGCUGGGAGAAGUCCUUCCAAAGAGCUGUCUUCAUGGAGGUACAGCGGAUACGAACCAAAAGUUACGUGUGCAGCAGCCAGGGCAGUGUGCUGUGCUUCACUGUGGACUUCGACUCCGGCUUCAGCUGCUCACAAGGCUCUUCCAAGACUGUGCUGUGGCGAUACAAGUUUUCUCAACUGAAAGGCUCAUCUGACGACGGGAAAACCAGGGUAAAACUCCUCUUCAAGAACACUGAGAGCCAGCAAAUAGACAUGAAGGAGCUGGAGUUUGCUAACCUAACGGCGGUCCUUCACUGCAUCCACUCCUUCAUCGCUGCUAAAGUGGCCUCUAUGGACCCUCUGUUCAUGUGCACUCAGACUCUAACCGGGAACUACACAAACUCCUGAAGACCUGUUUUCAACAUGAUGCACACCUGUGGGAUUUUUAUGCACAAUGACGAUCAUGGAAACAUUUUGUCCUAUUUUUGUAUGAAAAAGUAAAAAAUUAAAAUAUGAUAUUGUAAAUUAUGUAUGAAUCAUUUGCUCUUUGGGCAACUGUAAAAAGUAGUCAACAAAACACUUGAAAUGUGAUUGGACUGAAAGCGUUUUUUAAAGAAAGAACCUGCAUUAUAUUUAACA